GACAAAGCAGGUCCGCUGUUUCAUCCUACAUUUAUAAUUUGUGUGAUAUAUAAUAAUAUAGCGGGAGGCCAUGAGAUUAACACUGGGGUUAAACACUUGGUGGAUAUGUAAUCAAAUGUAUAGGUUGAGGGUUUAAUGGCCACUAGUUUAAAUCACUCUGGAACAGUCUCUAACCUCUUCAAUUGAAUUAACUGACAGUGCCGCUGUUAGCACGGUUAGCACGAUAAUCCUGAUCCUAAAAGGAAAUUAACAGCAACACUGAUUUCAAACAACCAGGAUGGCGCCUGUCUUGGUGCUUUGGCUGGCCGUGUUCCUCAGUGGGACCUGGGCUGUGGACAAGGGCAACUUCAAGACCUGUGACCAGAGCUCCUUCUGCAAGCGUCAGCGGGCAUUGAAGCCUGGUGAGUCUCCCUAUCGAGCGCUGCUGGAGACCAUGGAGCUGACCAACACCAGACUCACGCUGCAGCUCAUCAAUGACAACAACAAGGUGCGCCUGCUGCUCGAGCUCUAUCGUCUCCAGGGAAACAUGACGAGGGUGAAGAUUAACGAGCUGAAGCCGCUGAAGCCUCGCUAUGAGGUCCCAGACGUGCUCAUCAGGGAGCCGCCGACUGAGCCCCUGUCACUCUUGUCUCAGGAUGAGAACGGGGUGGUGCUGUCCCUGGGGGCGGAGUCUCAGAGAGUCAUCCUCAGCGCCCGGCCUUUCCGAUUGGACAUCAUGGAGGGACGAGACGUGGUGAUGUCGCUGAACUCGCGCGGCCUGUUGGCCUUUGAGCACCUGAGGAUGCGCAAGGACACUUUCUCCUAUAAAGUAACUAGCACAGUGGCUAGCGUGUGGAAUAAUAUCAAGAGAGUAUUCUCUAGCAGUCAGGCAGACCCAGAGGCUGAAAAGAAAGAAGAGGCCGAUCCAGCAGCCCAGCCCGAGGCAGCAAAAGAGGAAGAGAAAGAUGAAGACGGGAUGUGGGAGGAAACUUUUAAAUCGCACACAGACAGCAAACCUAAUGGUCCAUCUGCUGUUAGCUUGGACUUCUCGUUGCCGGGUGUGGAGCACGUCUACGGCAUCCCAGAACAUGCAGACACCCUCAGACUCAAAACCACAGAAAAUGGAGAUCCAUACCGCCUCUAUAACCUGGACGUGUUCCAGUACGAGCUGUACAACCCCAUGGCCCUCUACGGCGCUGUCCCCGUCAUGUUGGCCCACAACGCCCAGCGGACCACCGGCGUCUUCUGGCUCAAUGCUGCGGAGACCUGGGUGGAUAUCAGCUCCAACACAGCUGGAAAAACUGUGUUUGGAAAAAUGCUGGAUUAUGUUCAAGGCUCCAAUGAGACUCCACAGACCGACGUGCGUUGGAUCUCUGAAAGCGGCAUCAUCGAUGUCUUCAUUAUGCUCGGGCCCACACCCAAAGAUGUCUUCUCUCAGUAUGCCUCCCUCACAGGCACCCAGGCCUUCCCCCCCCUCGCUGCUGUGGGUUACCACCAGUGCCGCUGGAACUACAACGACCAGGAGGAUGUGGCUGCAGUGGAUGCGGGCUUCGAUGAGCACGACAUCCCAUAUGACUACAUCUGGCUCGACAUUGAGCACACUGAUGGCAAGCGCUACUUCACCUGGGAUCCACACAAGUUUGCAACUCCAAAGGAGAUGCUGCAGGGUCUCAGUGACAAGAAACGCAAGAUGGUGGCCAUUGUGGACCCUCAUAUCAAAGUAGACAGCAAUUACAAGAUCCAUAAUGAAAUCCGCUCUCGGAGUUUCUAUAUCAAGAAUAAAGAUGGCGGGGACUACGAGGGCUGGUGCUGGCCUGGUAGUGCCGGCUAUCCAGACUUCACCCGAGCAGACAUGAGGGACUGGUGGGCCAGCAUGUUCGCCUACAAUCAGUACGAGGGUUCCAUGGAGAACCUUGACACGUGGAACGACAUGAACGAGCCGUCAGUGUUUAACGGACCGGAGGUGACCAUGCACAAGGACGCAAUGCACGGAGCCUGGGAGCACCGCGACGUGCACAACCUUUAUGGCUUCUAUGUGCAAAUGGCCACCGCGGAGGGUCUGAUCCAGAGGUCCGGAGGAGUCGAGAGACCGUUUGUUCUGACCAGAGCCUUCUUCGCUGGCUCACAGCGCUACGGUGCUGUGUGGACCGGAGAUAAUGCUGCUGAGUGGGAACACCUGAAGAUCUCCAUCCCCAUGUGCCUGAGCCUGGGCCUGGUGGGCAUCUCCUUCUGUGGUGCUGACGUUGGUGGUUUCUUCAAGUCUCCGAACACGGAGCUGCUGGUGCGUUGGUACCAGACGGGAGCGUACCAGCCCUUCUUCCGGGCCCACGCCCACCUGGACACCCCCCGCCGCGAGCCCUGGCUGUUCGGUCCAGAAAACACUGCGCUGAUCCGUGAAGCCGUGCGCCAGCGCUACACCCUGCUGCCCUACUGGUACCUGCAGUUUUACCACGCUCACCGCACCGGGGAGCCCAUCAUGAGACCUCUGUGGGUGGAGUAUCCUGAGGAUCCUGCUACUUUCGCUCUGGAAGACGAGUUCUUAAUCGGGAGAGACCUGUUGGUGCACCCAGUUACUGAAGAGGGAGCCAGGGGGGUCACUGCGUACCUGCCGGGGAAAGACCAGGUCUGGUUUGACGUCCACACCUUCCAGAAGCACAACGGAGCCCAGAACCUUUACAUCCCCGUCACCAUGAGUUCUAUCCCUGUGUUCCAGCGUGGAGGCUCCAUUAUUCCCAGGAAGAUUCGAGUGCGCCGGUCCUCUUCCUGCAUGAUGCAGGAUCCCUACACCUUAUAUGUAGCCCUCAACCUGCAGAGAACUGCAGAGGGUGAGCUCUACAUAGACGACGGCCACACCUUCAACUAUGAAAAGGAGUUCAUCCACAGGAGGCUGUCCUUCGCCAACAACGUCCUCUCUUCUGUUAACCUGGCUCCAGAGGCCCAGUUCUCCACUGGCUCCUGGAUCGAACGCAUCGUCAUACUGGGAGCCAGUAAGCCCAGCAAGGUGCUCCUGAAGACUGAUGAUGGUCAGGAGAGCCAGGUAGAGUUUGACUUCGACGCCUCCAUGUCGGUGUUGACGCUCCGCAAGCCCGGCAUGAACGCCGGAGCAGACUGGAACGUGAUGCUUCAGUAACCAUGGAGAGGAAAGGAGGAGGAGAAAAUGACUGACCAGAGAGAGAGAGAGCGAGCAAGAGAGCAAGAGAGAGUGAGAGAGUGAGAGGGAAGCGCUGAUGUCCAUGACUAACUACAGCAAGACAACAGGAUAGCCGUCAUGAAAAAUAAAGGACAUAAACACACACAAUGCAUUAUAUAUAUACACACACACACACACACACACACACACACACACACACACACACACUCAAACCCAUGUAGACCUGUCAGUCGAGCUGAGCCACGUAACGUUGCUGCCAUGUCCCUCUUGUGUUCAGUCGCACUGUAAUACCUAACAACAACAAGAGGAGGUUACUUCUAGAUAGAUAAUCAUCUUUGUCACAUUUUUCAAAUAGAUAAUAAUUGAAAAAAAUAAUGUAAUUGUAAAGAGUCCAUUGGGUUAAGAAAGAAAACCUGCAGGCACUCUAAUUUUUCUUCUUUAAUCUUCUACGUUGUUGUCCAUCCACUCAGAAGAAAGAUCACUGUGGGAUUUAAAAUGAAGGUCAAAGCAGACUCGCCCCACCUGCCGUUGAUUUCCUCUUAUCUGUUUCUGACUUAAUGCUCUCAACAUGCAUUCCACCCCUCUUUAAAGCCAAGCACUUCAUUCAGCGCAAACCUCGACCUUCUUUACUCGUGCCACAUUUCAUAGAUUUUGGAGAGGGCUUGCCAACAAUCAGCUGUCUGGCUUCACAUGUUACUUUCAUCCUGCUGAACUUAUUGGUGCCAUCAAAUGGAAAGCCUCUUUCUUAGCUGCAAGUUCAUUCCUAUGUGGCCUCAGAGAUAAAUGUAUGUGCAUGGAAAUAAUUCAUUGUUCAGUACGGAAGGGCUCGGGUCGUUCUGCUGGUGCACAGAGACGGGAUUUUUAGGCGUUCUUUUGAACAAACUUGGCAGUGGGAAUCGCUUCCGGGGACUGAACCACUGAUGUGUGCGGAUGAUGCUGUUGACAUGCUUUCCUUUUUUUAUUGAUUUAUUUUCCAAGCUUUGUUUACUAGAUAUGUUUCUUUUUAAUGCACUUGAGCGUGAUUUGAGAACUUUAAAAGAUGUUUAGAUUGUUCAUGUUUAACUAGGUGUCGGGACCAUGUGGCAUCUCCAGUGCUUCAUUUGGAUCUUAAUUAAGGUGUUGAAUCUUUAAAGAUGUUUCAUGAUGAUAUAAAGCCUUUUGAUACACUUCUUGAAGAGUGUAGAUUAAUAUUCCAAUCAUUUUCUGGAGACUCUGGAUUGUGUCCCAACUAGUCGGAUCGUUGGACCUUUUUUAGGAGUUUUGAGUUUGUCUGCUCGAUUGUUUUUAUGAUCAUAAAUGUACAUGUUGCUGCAAUUUUGUUGGUGAUGGCUUGAAUUGGAGGAAAUAGAAGUGAAGGAACUGACUGUCAAAGUUGUCGGAUGUACUCUAAAAGAUUAAACCAAGUGAAAAUAAAGUUGACCAAAUGUAAAAGAACUUCCAUUUUUAUUCUUUCCUACUUAUGUUGUUGGUUUACCAUUUUCUCAAAGGUAUGAAGUCUGUCUUUAAACAACAAAUGUCAUCUUUUAUUAAAAAAACAAACAAUUGUACAUUCAUAUGAGAAAAAACUGAAUAAUAAAUUAACAUUUAUGUAGGUAGGAAUACUAGCGAAUAAAAAGUCAAGUUGAGUAAAUGGUAAGAAUAUAUAGUUGUGUAACUGUAAUAUGUGAAAUAAAAACAAUUGUAUCAAA